AUGGAAGGUACGUCGGGGGCUCGCGAGCCCCGGUCCCGGCCGAGAGAGCGGGACCCAGACCGGCACCCCCGCCCGGACCGAGACCGCCAUCCCGAGCGACAGCGGGACCGACCCGGGGACCGGCGGAGGGAGAGAAACGGCGGCGAGCGGAAGGACGGGGACCGGGACAGGGGGAGGGACCGAGGCCCUCGCCAGGACAGACACCGGGUCGGGGACCUUCGCGCCGGUGGACAAAGAGUUUGGGAAAAGUCCCACCAAAGCCGGACGCGGGACGGACCCCGGAGGCCGACCUGGGACGCAGCCCCGCCCCCCUGGCCCGCGCCUUGGGAAACCCCGGAGCCACCGAUCCACAGGAAGGAGCGCUUCGCACCGGGUGGCCCGGCAAGUGAACCCACUUCAGGGAGAUACCUGCCCUCGAAUCCCAGGUCUGGACUAGAGAAAGUGGAAUACUACCAGUCAGAGGCUGAAGGACUCCUGGAAUGCCAUAAAUGCAAAUACUUGUGCACUGGAAGAGCCUGCUGCCAGAUGCUGGAGGUGCUGCUGAACUUGUUGAUCCUGGCCUGCAGCUCUGUGUCUUACAGUUCCACAGGGGGCUACACGGGCAUCACCAGCCUGGGGGGCAUUUACUACUACCAGUUCGGAGGCGCUUUCAGUGGUUUCGAGGGCGCCGACGGGGAGAAAGCACAGCAGCUGGACGUCCAGUUCUACCAGCUGAAGCUGCCCACGGUCACUGUGGCUAUGGCCUACGGCGGAGCGCUCACAGCCUUCUGCUGCCUCCUUGUCGUCCUGGGCGUCCUGCGGGUCCCGUGGCACUGCCCCCCGUGGCUGCUGAUUGAAGCCUUGUUGGACACGCUCAUCGCGGGGGCCUAUGUCCCCGCUCUGUACUUUUACUUCCGCCACCUCUCGGCUGCCUAUGCAUCCCCGGUGUGCAGAGAGAGGGAGGCGCUGUACCAGAGCAAAGGGUACAGUGGCUUCAGCUGCAGUUUCCACGGGGGAGAUAUAGGAGCUGCCAUCUUUGCUGCCCUGAGCAUCGGGCUCUUUGCUCUGGGGGCUGUGCUGGCCAUCCGGGGUUACCGGAAGGUCAGGAAGCUCAAAGAGAAGCCUGCAGAGAUGUUGGAGUUUUAG